GACGCUGUCGCUGCGUUGUCGCCGUCACCGUGCCGUUCGCAGCCCAAUGCUGAAAUGAAGCAGAAGCGCGUCAUGUAUGGCGACGCGCGGAAACUGUGCGAGAGACGAACGCAUUCGGCCCCGUACGGGCCCUGCCUCGCGUCGGACUAACGAUCAAUGGCUUUAUUCGAGAAGAGAUACACGAAUAAAGUGCUGUUAGAUGAUACGGAGCGGCUGACGAGCGUCAUCGAAAAUGCGAGGACCAUCGACGGACAUACGGAAUACAUAAUCAAAACACAGAGAGGUCCGCUUCCUGAAAAAUCCUGGAGAGUAAGCAGACGUUACAAUGACUUCGUACAGCUCAAUGCAGCUUUGUCCAUAUCUGGCUUCGAUCUGUCACUACCGCCAAAAAGGAUUAUUGGUAACAUGGAGCCAGACUUUAUAGCUCAACGACAAAUAGCACUGCAGAAUUAUCUAAACAUAGUACUAAUGAAUCCUAUACUGGCAUCUUCACUUCCCAUGAAAAAGUUUUUAGACCCUGAGAAUUACACUGCACCAUUACAUGAAAUCGCACUACAACAAGUGUCACUAGCAUUACGGAGCGAUGCUAAUUUCGAAGUGUGCAAACCCAUCCCUGACAUGGGAUGGCGAUUGAGGAAACAUUAUUAUGUAGUGAAAAAUCGUCAGAAUCCGAAACAAGAACUUUUGCUAGCUUGGGUCGAAUUCGGCCCGGACAAGCAUUUGCAAGAUAAAGAUAUACAAGGAGUUUUCAAAACCUUAGGCUCUCUACGGCACACUUACAUCGAACCGAUAGUACACCAGCAUGUUACAGAUAAUGGGGCACUAACGAUAAGAAAUUUCUAUCCGGCGGGUACGUUACGUGAUGUUCUAUGUAUUACCAAGCCUAAACAGCCGUUUAUAAAAAAAUAUGGAAAUCCAAAACAAAUAAAGUCAUUAACAGUACAGGAAAUUGCCACAUAUGGUUAUCAGAUAUUGGAGGCUCUAGGAUUCCUCCAUGAGAAGGGAUUACCUUAUGGACAUUUACAUACGGGUAAUGUUCUUUUAACUCCGAGAUGUGCUAAAUUAUUGGAUAUAGAAAACGGGCUUCUAGGAUUACCGGCGUUUUAUCGACCUUACGUGGUACAAAGGCGCAAAUUACAUGCCACGACUCAGGUUGAUGUAUACUCAUUCGGACACGUGUUAUAUGAAAUGGCAUUUGGACGACCGCUUUUGGAAGCGACAUGUUCAGAUCUAUCACAUUGCGAGGCAAAUCUAAAAAACUUGCUGGAAGUUAUCUUAUCGCCGGAAGCUCUGAAACAAGAUUUGCCGACAGUGAUCCGACUGUUGGAACAUCCAUUCUUUGAAUCAGCAAGACGCGCUGCGUUGGCAAUUGGCACCGUAGAGAAACCAUACUUUAAACUGAGCAAUCAUUUGAAGGAGGCUUUACAAGAAGCUGUAAACAAAGCCGAACAACGAUUACGCGAUGAACAGAAAGUCGCCCGACACCAGAAGAGGCUUGUCAAGGUUCAAGAAAUGAUGAGUUCGGAAGAAGAGAUGAAGAAACGAAAGCAUAAACUAAAAAAAGAACAAAAAUUGGCACAAGAGCAACGUUCUUCCUCGCAAUUGGGUACGAACGGGACGAAGCAAAUAAAUGGUAAGAGCCCAGAGCGUUCAGACAGUCCAACAAGUACUUCCACGGCUACCAGCGUUGGAACAUUGACUCCUCCAUCGCUUCGUUCUGUGGACAUUCCGCAAGGAGAUCCUGGUAAAAAUAUUCCACCGCCACCGCCUUCCUUGCCACCGCCGUGUGAAGCAUCUGGUAGUGCGUCAAACAGUGUACCAAAAUCAUCGAACGACCGUGCCGCUUUACUCGGAAGUAUUUGCAAUUUUGACAAAACUAGACUGCGAAGGAUCACAAACGGACAUCGUUAAAGAUAUUAGGUAAAUAGAAGAAAGACUAAAACGUAGAUUUAUCUGAGAUCUAGCGUGACUGCUGUGCAAUGUCGAACAAAAAACUUCCCUUGCUUGGACAGAUGAUGUACCUGUAGGUUACUAUUGAAAUUUCAAAGUUGCCUGGAUGAUAGUUGUGCUUCUUGUGAACUCUUAAUAGUAAUUAAUAUCAUUUUAUUUCGAUCGCGAUACUUGCAUUUUAUGAAUUUUUCAAAUUUUGGUAUUUUAUUAACGCUCGCUACGUGAACAAGAUUUUAGCAUAUAAAACAUUAAGAAUAAAAUAUAUUAAACUUGUGAUAUAUAUACAUGGGCGGUAUUAAUCCCGUUUGGCCUAUUUUGCGUUUUUACGAAAUAUAAUGCAACGCUUGCUUCGCAUUAGACUUGCCGUCCAGGAACGAGCCUAAACGUACAGAAUAACCAAUCAAAAUAUUAAUUGCUUUGAAAAAUUCGCCAUCUUUACGAGUCAUUUCAUAUCGUAUUCUUCCCGUAUAUGUAUACAUUAGAGAUUACGUAAUUAAAAAAAAAGUAUUGUAUAGUGUAAUAAUAGGAAUAUAAUUGUAUAUUAUCUAAUUUAUGGAACACGCGUACAGUAAUUAUGCUGGGAGCAAUUUAAAACAUUUUUAGAUUUAUUUGGAUUGACUAUUUUAUGACUAUUCGACUAUGAAUCAAGAAUAUUCGAGAAAUUGCAUUUUCUAGUCCAACAUAUCCCCGUCUUAUACAGUUGAUAACAUUAUAGAAUUUUUUAACAUAUCUUGUUUAACGCGGGCCAAGUUUCGCGAUCGAUUUUAUAUUAUUGUUAAUCACGGCUUGUUUUUCUGUAAAAUAUAUAAUACAUAUAUCAAUUUAUUUGAAUAUAAAAAGAAAAUAAAGAAAGCAGUGAUAUAAUGCGGUGAUAGUAUAUACGUAUAUUAAAUAAAUCUUCUCUCGUAAUACUCGUUAUACUCAUCUACUGUUCUGUCUAUUCAAAGUUUAUGAUAUAUAAAUAUAUAUAAAUACAUAGUUCUCGUUCGUGUUCGUACGGUGCAAUACGAGGAUCGUACGCCGCUUUUGUAUCGCUCGUAAGACCGGAACGGUCUAGUUUUACAAAUUAAAAAACGUGCCAAGGGAUAUGCGGUCUUCGUAUUGAUAAAUAAUAUGAUAUCAACAAUUGUGUAGGCCAUAGCAUAAUCUAUUUCUAUCUGUCGAGAACAGUCAAGCAUGUGUACGUAUCAAUUUAUUUGUGGAUAUAAUGAAAAUUGUAAUAUAUAACCAUACUUUUUAAUAUACUAUGACUGUCUUAGAUAUGGCAACUGUAAUUAUGAUUCGGAUUGGAAUUCUGACACAGAUGAGGAUACAAAAAGCAUAAGAUGAAAAUAUAUAUAGGAUUUAGCUCUCUUUAGGAUCUAUUAUAGAUAUAUAUAUAUCGAUAUCAGCUUCCGAAAGGUUGUUCUAUACUCAAGAAUAUAAAAAAAUAAGCUCUUGUGUAAUUUUAUGAAACUUUAUGUUUAACGCGGAAACUUGCAGAAAGCAUUGCCAGAAUUUAAUAUUGUUAUAUUUCAUUAUAUAUUUUUUGGAAAAUAAAUGUUGAGGCCCGAAGUAUGACAGACGAAAGAUAUAAGAGUUAAUGUUUAUCGGUAACAAAAAUAUUGUUCUUUUAUAGUAAUAGAUUAUGUGCACAUAGUGAUAAAACUCGAUGACUAACGAACUCUUAAAGAGUUCUAUUGGCAUGAUUUUUACGCGUCAUUUUAGAGUUCUCUUUGCAGAAUCAUUGCCUUACACAUUUGUAAACAGGUAGUGUAUAUAACACGCAGAAAUCGUAUAGAAACCUUUUAUUAAGGGAGGGAUCAAAUUUUACGUUUACUGAUAAGAGAAAUGUCGAGUCAAAUGAUAAAACAAACAAGACAGUUUUAUUUCAGACGAUAGAGAAAUACGAUAUUUUAAUACUUAAUAAUAUAUUCAACAAAUAUAUGAUACAUACAAAUUUAUCACGUUCGAAUAGUCCCAAAAAUUUUGAUAGCAGUCCGUGUGUAUAGUAUAAAAGUAUAUGUAUUCAACAUUGUGUAUAUACGCACACGCACGGGAGCGUACAUAGAUAUGCGAUUGUCAUGAUAACAGCUGUUGUAACGACUUAAAUAUAUCGCAAUAAAUAUCCAAAAAACAAUCAUGCAUCAUCGGCGAACGAA